AUGCUGUCUCGAGCGGCCAGACGUGAUAAGUUAAAGCAGCUUCAAGAAGCAAGGAAAUCUCGUGGAAAUGUUGUUAUCGAUCUGGACGACGAUGGCGACGAUGGAGUCAACCUAAACAAGAUCUACGAUGAAGUUGAUGAAGAAACUUUCAGAGAACACAAGAGAAAACAAUUAAUGGACGAUGAUUUUAUAGUCGAUGAUAAUGGGGAAGGAUACGUCGAUAAUGGUGCUGAUGAAUGGGAUGAUGCAUCCAGACCUAACUACUACUCCGAUGAAGACAGUGAUACUGAAGUACGCACCUCUUCUAAGAAAAGAAAGAACCGUCACCAUAACCAAAGAGCUGUCAAGGUUGCCAAAACUGCACCUAUAAGCAAUUUCUUUAAACAUUCAAACGAUAUCAAUGGUGGCAUUAAAAAGAAAGUAGAUACAAACAUUGAUGACAUUCUUGAAGAUUUCCAAGAAACGAAACCACUGAGAAAAAUCAAUGGACCCAGUGCAUUUGCCUCUACAUCAGCAUCUGCUCCAAAAUUCUUGCAAGAGAAUAACAGCAGCAGCAACAACAACAACAACAACAACAACAACAACAACGGUAUUGGUAAGAUUAAGAAGAAAACCAAUAAUAGGUCGUUUGCAUUUUCUACUGUAUCGAAGGAAAAGAAACGCCCUACAAGAGUGGACACUUUUAAUGCCUCAUCAGAUUAUACUAUGGAUUUUGAUGAUUUUGACCAGCAAUCAUCUCCAAGAAAAGAGGAAAAGGAGCGCAAAAUUAAUGUGAAACAUGAGCAAGUCAACAUAUUAUCUUCGCCCACCAAAAAUAGUUUAACUGCAACAGGUUCGACUUUAGAGACAACUAACGCAUCCACCACCGUUGAUACUACUGAUAAACCUGGUGCUGCAAACUCAGUUGUAAAGGCUAGUGACUCUGAUUCCGAUGACGAUGUCAUCGUCACAAAGAGGCAUAGAGCUGUUGUUUCCGCUAGACGUCAAAACGAAGCGACAGUCUCUUCUGUUAAAGCUAAUACUACGAUUUUGUCAUCGCCCUCGCAUCCAUUGGGUAGUGCAUCAUCAUCAUCUUCUUCUUCUUCUUCUUCCCAAACAAACCACACAGAGAAGAUUGCGCAGGCAAAUGUCGAUGACGAACAAGGCCACUUCCGUAUGUUUUGGAUGGACUAUGCCGAAGUUGAAAACUCGCUUUUACUUUUCGGUAAAGUUGCAACUAGGGAUGGUAAGUUGGUGUCGGGUGUUGUGCAAGUAAAUGGGCUUUGUCGUGAGUUAUUCAUCUUGCCAAGGGAAUACAGAAUGGUUGAUGGUGAAGAAGACACGAGUUCACCUCGUGUGACACCCAAUGAUGUUCGUGAAGAGAUAACGCCACUCUUUAUGGAACACUACAAGCUAGAGACAUUGAGGGCCAAGGCAGAGACUAAAAAGUAUGCAUUUGAGCUUGCAAACAUCCCUAAGGAAGCCGAAUACUUGAAAGUGUUGCUACCAUACAAUAAUGCCACAAAUAGAAAAGUCUUGCCUGCUAAUACUGAGGGCCAAACAUUCCGCCAUGUAUUUGGAAGUAAUACAAAUAUGUUUGAGUCGUUUGUAACUCAAAGAAACAUUAUGGGACCAUGCUGGCUAGAUAUUGAAGGUGGCAAUUUUGAAGCUAUACAAAACUCAACACACUGUCAAGUUGAAGUUGCAGUAUCUCUGCCAAACAAAAUACUGCCCGUGGAUAAAGCUCCUCCGGCCGCUCCAAAUUUAACUUGUACCUCAAUUUCGGUGCAAACGGUAAUGAACCCUAAACACAACAAGCAAGAGGUUGUUUCAGUAACCUUGGCAACCUUUUUUGACCUUCCUCAAGAUGCACCAAUUCCUGAAGGGUUAAAUCCAAAUGAUGUCAUCACGUUUGUAAGACCAGUAGGCUCAGUAUCAUUCCCACCGGGACUUAAUCAGCUUGCUCAAAAAGAAAAGUUUAACUUGAGAUUAUGUCCUAAUGAAAAAGUGUUGCUAAAUGCGGUGGCAGCAAAAGUGAAAAUGUUGGAUCCUGAUGUGUUUGUUGGUCACAGGAUGGAGAAUAUUUCAUUGGAUGUUUUGGUGCACAGAAUGUAUGACAAUCAAGUAAUGACGUGGUCAGCACUUGGUCGAAGAAAUAGAAAACAAUGGCCACAGCAUAUCACCAAGAACAAGAACAGUUCAGGUUUCAACAAUAACUUGCUCAUUAGAGAAGUGUUUCAGGGAAGAUUGAUGUGUGAUAUUGCCAACGAGAUGGGUCAGUCAUUAACAUCUAAAUGUCAAUCUUGGGAUCUCGCCGAAAUGUACGAGGUUGUUUGUCACAAAAAGCACGAGCCAAUGGAUAUUAGUUUUCAAAACUCAAAGUUUGCCGAAGAUGCAACUUUACUUUUUCUCGCGUUGAAGGAAAAUAAUUUCAAUGCCAAAAUUACCAGCGAAAUAGCAUUUUCUAUUCAGAUCCUUUCGCUUUCCAAGCAAUUGACAAAUAUCGCGGGUAAUGCAUGGUCUCAUACUUUGAGCGGUACCAGAGCUGGAAGAAACGAGUACAUUUUGUUGCAUGAAUUUCGGAAAAACAAUUACAUUGUACCUGAUAAAGAGGAUGCAUUGCACAAAAACACUUCUUACCUGCAACAAGCCAAGUUAGAGAGCUUUGAUGAUGAUGUCCAAACGGCAACAUCCAACAAAAAGCCCAAAUUCCAAGGUGGUUUGGUUUUUGAGCCCGAGAAAGGCUUACACAAGAAUUAUAUAUUGGUGAUGGAUUUCAAUUCGUUGUACCCCAGUAUUAUUCAAGAAUUCAACAUUUGUUUCACCACUGUGGAUAGAGACAGGUUUAACAACACCCACGAUGAAGAAAGAGAUUUGCCAACACUUCCUGAUAACGAUGCUGAUGCCGGUGUCUUGCCCAGGUUAUUGAAUACUUUGGUGACGAGACGUCGUGAAGUGAAGAAGCUCUUGAAGGACCCGAAAAAUACCCCUUUUCAAAACGCGCAGUAUGAUAUAAAACAACAAGCGCUCAAGUUGACCGCCAACUCGAUGUAUGGUUGUUUGGGAUAUGUCAACUCGAGGUUCUAUGCCAAACCUUUGGCAAUGUUAGUGACGAACAAAGGUAGAGAAAUAUUGAUGGAUACGAGACAAUUGGCAGAGUCAAAUAGCUUAAGGGUUGUUUAUGGUGAUACAGAUUCGGUGAUGAUAGAUACCGGUGCGGAUAACUUGAGGGAUGCAGUCAAAGUGGGUGAACAGUUUAAAGUGCAAGUGAAUGAGAGAUACCGACUUUUGGAAAUUGAUAUUGAUAAUGUGUUUAGAAGAUUGCUUCUUCAUGCAAAGAAAAAGUAUGCUGCAAUGAAUGCUUCGAUAAACAAGGCUACUGGAGAAGAAGUGACCACUUUGGAAGUCAAAGGUUUGGACAUGAGAAGGCGUGAAUAUUGUCAGCUUUCAAAAGAAAUCUCCACUUUUGUGUUGAUGAAGAUCUUGUCUAAUGCCGAUCCGGAGGAGGCUUUGAUGGAUGUGUACCAGUACUUGGAGGAGAUGAGAGACAAAAUCAUUGCCAACCAAGUACCUGCUAUAAAGUAUAAGAUUAACACCAAGCUUUCCAAGGAUCCAACGAGCUAUCCAAAUGGGAAGAAUAUGCCACAGGUGCAGGUUGCAUUAAAAUUAAAGAAUCAAGGAAAGGUUAUCAAGGCCGGAAGCGUUAUCACCUAUGUCAUUACAGCACCGACUGCUGAAAACGACACAUCCUCAGUUGCUGAUCGAGCAAGAGCUAUACAAGAUUUGUUGGUGCAAAAAACAGAGUUGCGUCCUGAUCCAACUUAUUACCUCGAGAAGCAGAUAUUUGCCCCAGUAGAGAGGUUACUAGAAAAAAUUGAUUCGGUCGAUAUGGUACGUGUGGCUACAGCAUUGGGAAUCGAUACCAAGCGUUAUAUAUUAAAAGUUAAGAACGGGGACUUGAAUGGCGAGAUUAUGCCGAUGGAGUCAAGAAUAUCCGAUGCUGAACGUUUCCGUCAAUCGAGUUUCCUAGUUCUCAAAUGCAAAUGUGGUCAUCACUUUCGAUUUGGUGGAAUCCAGGCCUCAGUGGACUACAGAGUCACGUUCAAUGGAGUUCAAUGUAGCAAAUGUGAGUAUACUUUUCCGCUUAUCAAGUUGACUGCUCAAUUGGAAUGUACCAUUCGAAAACACAUUUCGGUUUAUUACGCAGGUUGGCUUGUAUGUGAUGACCCAUCUUGUGGUAUCACCACUCGACAAAUAUCAGUUUAUGGAAAACGAUGCAUUGGACUGUCUGGAAAAGGUUUAGAUUGCAAAGGUGUAAUGAGCUACCGAUAUACUGACAAGGCUUUGUAUAAUCAAUUGCUCUAUUUCCAGUCCAUCUUUGAUGUUGAGAAAACAAAGCAACGAAAGUUGAGACCGAUUCGAGAUGCCUUGGAAGAAGAGGGCAAAGAAGGAAAGGAUGGAAAAGUUGCGGAGUUGGCUAUGGGUCAGAUUGAGGCAUUGGCUGAACAAAAUAGGGAUGUUUUUGCUUACUGUCAAGGUGUAGUACAGAAAUAUCUUGCAGAGUGUGGUCGCCGUUAUGUCAACAUGGGCUCUAUCUUUGACUUUAUGAGCAUAUAA